AUGGCUCAGCAGCCUUCCACUCCUUCGGGAGCAUCCUGCUCGUCCAUCUUUGGACCGGGUUCGGGGGCACUGCCACAGUUGUCUAGUGCAAAUUAUCUCUCGACUUCGACGGCCAUGGUCCCGGGUUCAGCAACUUCGUCGAACAAUACAUUUCUCAUGCCAAACUCGCCUGUCAAGGGAAGGCAAAAUAACGAUGGCUAUGGGUACUAUCCACCGGUGACGAGAACGUUGGGGCAGAGGCCUGCCUGUUUGGUAAAUGCUUCUGUUACAUAUACGGGUAAUAACCAGAUCUAUGCCUUUGGCGGCUUCGAUCAAUACACCGAUGAAGUCUACAACCACGUUCUCCGACUCGAUCUGGUCAGUCACCAGUGGAGUCUGGUUGACAACUAUGGCGAUAUCCCCGGCGUUCGAAUGGGCCACACGGCGACCCUAUACCAAGGAGACAAACUGCUAAUAUUUGGUGGCGAGAAUGAGCAUCGGACCUACCUCUCGGACCUUAUCAUCUUCGACCUAAAAACCGCCCAUUGGACCCAACCCACCGUCUCCGGACCGAUCCCGAAAGGCCGGGCGAGACAUGCAGCUGUCCUGCAUGACGAUAAACUUUUCAUAGUGGGUGGGAUUACGGGCCAUAAUAAUUAUGUCCUCGAUGACAUCUGUUAUCUUGACCUAAAGACCCUCACUUGGUCUAGGGCUUGGCGAUUUGUUGGCAGAUUUGACCACUCAGCAUACCUCUGGGGAGAUAAGGUUUGGGUAUUCGGAGGAUUGAGCGAGGAUAUGGACAAGAUUGGCGAUAUUUGGUGGUUGGACCUAAAGGGUAGCCCGGCCUUCGAUUCUCCGCCGCAUUAUGGUUCCCUGGACCGGCACGCCGCACUUGGCCGAAUAGGCGGAUCUGCCCGUCCUGCCUAUGCUAUGGCUCCGCCACCAGUUGUUGGCAGCUCUGGAUAUGCUGCGAAUUCGAGCAGCGCUCAGAUACAACCCCCUUCCUUCCAGCUAACUACUGCGCCUCCGGUUGCACCUGGGGCAAUAUCCUCCUUGAAGUUUGUAUCGGGGCCUAACAUCCCAGCCCAAGGGUCGGGAAUGCAUUUCCAUAUCUACACAUCCGGCACUCUCCUUGAUUUUGUAACGCCCGCUGCAACUAUUACCCCUCAGGAAUGCUCUCUAUCCUCACUGGAACUCGAUACUCUGCGUUGGCAAAAGCUAGCUGAAGGCCGUGAAAUCUUUAAACCUGGAUAUCGCUGGCAUUAUUGCACGAUGAAUGAGGAAGGCACUAAAGCUUGGCUCCUUGGUUGUCCUACAGACCCGUCUGCAACAGAUCUAGGUCCCGGUGGCCUUGAGGAAUAUCUUAGUGACAUACUGGAAAUUGAUCUCCGCCGCUAUGGUCUAUUGGGCAAUAAUCACUCUCCAGAACCUCGUGCCGAGCUGUCGCGCUUGCAAUCAGCAGAACGAGUCGUCGUACAGCCGUCUAAGGGCCUUGGGUCGGAUUUAGCCAAACUCUUCAACCAAGCGCCGGAGACUGGAAGUGGGACAGACUUCGUCAUUACAGCAUUGAAGGAUGGAGACUGGGAUGAGGAUCAACUUUCUAUCCCCAGUGUGACCGGGGCGGAUGGUCGAAACCAAGAAACAUGGCUCGCGCCUGAUGCAGCUACAUCCCCUCCUAUACACGUACACAAGCUCAUUCUACAAGCCCGCUGGCCGCAUUUUGCCAGGCUCUACAACGCACAGAUGGCCGAGUUCCACACUAAGAGAAUGCGUAUCCCAAGUCCAUAUCCGGUUGUCAAGGCUUUCCUCUACUAUCUCUACACGGAUAGCAUCCAUCCCAAGGACUGUGGAGACUUAAACGAUGUUGCAGGCUUGCUAGUGCUAUCGGACAUGUACGAUAUUCCGCAUUUGAGGCUAUUGUGCGUCAACCGGCUUUCCAAGGAGCUUGACGUAGAUCACGCAUGUACCAUAUGGCACUGCGCCGGCAUUGCAAACGAAGAAUGGCUUCGUAGAUGUGCCGCAAACUUCUGUCUCACCCACUGGGGUCGAGUUGUGCGCACGCCAGGCUUCUUGAAACUUCCACGACAUGCACUUGUGGAGCUCUCCCAGGAGAUCGAUAUGGAAGGGCGGGUAGUGGGAGGUGACGAACUUGAAUAUGUUGGAGGACUAGGCGGCGCCCGCUUCGGCUUUGGUGGGAUGACGAGAAAGGCAAGUAUCAGCAGCAACCAAACGCAUCAUCUAGGCUCUGAAACAGACGAGAAUGAGGAAAUGGAAAUGUCGUGA